AUGCCCCCCGACGAGCAGUGCUGCUACGCUCCGCCUCGCAUUUCUCUAUGCGUGUACUGGACUUCAUUGUCUAUGUCUCCAGCAUCUGGAGACGUAGCCCAGACCCCAGAGCCGAAACCCACCAGCGGCUUUGCCAGCGUCUUCAAGAGCUUGACUGGUAGUAGAUCAACCAGGAACCCAAAUCCUAGCUCUUCAGCAGCGUCUCUCGCUGGCUCGGCCAGUCUGCAACAGAUUGUCUACCCACAGUCAGCGACCUAUGGUGGUCCGCCCGAUUAUGAGCACCUGUACGAUACACUGAAGCCCGGGAACCCUCUUGCAGACCGACUUGCUGCUGCAGAAGCACUUCGCCAUGCGGUGCAGGAUUAUCCGUUAAGCGGGGUGACGAGUAUAUUCAAACAAGGGAAAGACCUCAUUGAAUCAAGAAACCCCAGAGAGGUCCGUGUUGCUGGAUUCGAGCUUUUGACUGCCUAUGUUCGACAAUCAACUUCUACGGACCCGGAGCGCCUGGCUUUUUUCCACGUUCUUACUGCUCCAGCAAAUCCCGAGGACUUCCAGUUUCAACUUACGGCCCUGGUGGAAUUGGCGAAACAUGGAAAGGAUCUUUCGGGCUUCCAUUAUGAGACUUUACCUCUUUUGACCUCCUGGUUACGACAUAAUUUUGCUAUUACUUCCGCGGCUAGAAGAAAUGCAGGUCGGAAUAGGAGUUCGAAAUCCAAAACCCCGCUUAGCGAGGAGACCAACCUAUCACUUCUUUUCGCUUUCAUCGUGGACGUGAUCAAAUUCAGCUUUAGCGUUUCCAGCGAAGAAACCACGGGCGGGCUCAUCGAUGUUGUGCUCUAUAUCUGCGUUAACACGCCACUCUCCAGCGACUUGAAGACAUGUAUCGAUGUUAUCAAUGCCAUUGUUACUUAUGGCGACAUUCCAGGCGAAAAGUUGUCGGGAUGUGUCAAAGUGCUCUGCUCCAUACAUUGUCUAGUUAGUGAUGUGCAAUCUGAAGCGUGGCGUUCUAUUAGCAACCUAUGCAGGUCACAUAAUGCACAGAAGACCGUCAGAAUCCUGCUCAACAUCCUUCAAGAACCUCCGGCCGACUCGGCGAGCGGAAGGCAAACAGUCCGAGAGAUCCGUGGGGCAUUGUCAGUACUAGAAAAGCUAUUUGCGAAGGAUGGCCAGAAGGGUUAUCCUCUUGUUCCCUUCACGCUUCUCAUUGCUGCGCUAGAGAAGGUGGUGAACGUGGAGCACACAAAGGUGGAAAAUGACGUCCUCAAUUUGAUCCUGUCCCUCCUCAGUGACGAGAAGAAAGAGAUCAAGGAGAAUGUCAUUCAAGAAGACUGGUCCAUGAUGUUCGAUGUGGUAAUCAAAUGUUCGCAGAGGGCGUUGGAGAAUCCUGAGGGUCGCCAAAUCAUGAGCCGUUCUCGUCUCAAAAAUUCAACGGCCAAGGAUGACCUGGGCAAUCAGACUUCAGCCACCGGCCUGGGUCAGACUCUACACAAAAUUAUAUUGCGGAUCGAAGCGCUCCUCUCCAAACUCCCUAGCGUGGAUUUCUUCCAGAAGGAGGACUGUGUAAAGUUUUUCGUCACUUGUCAUUCACAGUUGCCGGAAUCUUGCGCUAGGUUUGUUAUCGACUACUACAUGGAGUACCGUUACUGCUACCCUUCGGACUUGGAUUGGAAAGACAACACGAAGAUGAUACUGUCGGCCUUCUUCACUGACAGAUCUCGACAUACUCAUAUUCGCUUACACGCGCUGAAAGCUAUCACAGAUGUUUUCGAGGUUAUUGAAAUGAUGGAUGAGCAUGAAGACCCUGAUACCGUUCAAGUAUUUGUUAUGUCCAUUUUGAAUGAGAUUGGCGAAGAGAAGGACACUACAGUUUUGGAGAAGGUCGUUUCCUUCGCAGUGACUGUCGCAGAAAAGGCAGACGAGAGACUCUUUCACUUUAUUAUAAACGCCAUCAGAAGCAGCAUCACCAGCGAUCGUCUACAAUCUCCUCUUGCUUCGCCACCAGGAUCUAGGCGCGGGCUGAUGAAUGCAAGCAGGCUUGAUUCCUUGGCCACCUCCAAUACCUUGAUACAGACCCCGUCGAACGUUGUCACGAGAGGCCUUAUCUUGAUUUUCAUGAGGACAAUGGACAAUUCGAGUUCGAAAGCUCUGCGGAUCUUCCAUGAACUUCUCCGGAUUGCCAAGUCUCACGGCUGCGAAACGGACGCGCGUAUCUCGGCAUUGAAGAUGCUAUCUCGUUUGAGAGCUGAUUGGGCGAAUGGUAUUUUCCUGACACCCUUCACGGAAUCGGAUGGCCUCGCAGUGACCCUUUACCGUACUGCUGCUUCACUAGCACGAAAACAAGCCAUUGAUGAAGCUGCUUUGCAACAGCGCUCAGCUCGUAUUGAUGAGACCUCCCGCAGUUCCCGGAGUACCUCUGUUAGUCUACCUUAUCCACAAGUUCGACAGCCAAUUCGAACUGCCAGUGGACUUACCAGAACAAUGCAACGAAAUCAUCAAAUGUGGAUGUCACCUGACCAAAACGCUCUGCCCGAGCCUGCUUCUGGGAAGGCUAGUCUCGUGUUAAAGUCUGUGUUGAGAAAGAACGAUGCAGACAGAGAAAAGGUAGACGAGGAACUGCAUGACGAUUACGAAUUCCGCGAAGUGGAAGGAGGGAACGUGCCGUCGACCAAUUCAAUCCAUAGGGAUAUUGCCGCUUUAGAUAUCGGCUUCUACCUCGACAAUAUCAUUGAAUUGCUCAAGAACGGAUGUGACUGGGAAAUUUACAGUUACAUACUCGUGCAUUUGGCUUCCCAACUGACAAAUCAAGCUUUAUUUGUUGGCGCUAUUCCGCAAAUCAGGAAUUUGCGGGAGCUUCUGUGCGAUCAGAUCAAAAACGGUACCUAUUACGAUCCGCCGCAUUCAUCUGGGCUUCGCAAAGCCGAUGUGGGCAUUUGCCUUUUCCAGAUAUUGAAUAUGGUUAUGAGUUACCACCGCCACUUUCAGAAGGUCGAUCAAGAUGACAUUGUCAGAACCUUCCUGCAGGGUGUGGGCGAACGAACUUCCAAGUCCUGCAUCCACGCACUUUCGAUUUGCUGUCACGAGCUUCCUGGUUCAACGAGUAAAUCACUUAUUCAUAUCCUUCAGAAGAUGUCGCAGAUAAUCACCCAAAGCCACGUUGCAGUCCAUAUCCUCGAGUUCCUAGCAUGUCUAGCUAGACUGCCAGAUCUUUAUAUCAACUUUCGCGAGGAGGAAUAUCGCAUAGUCUUUGCGAUCUGCUUCCGGUACCUGCAGUACGUUCGAGACCAGGACGCGAAAGAAGCCGGUAACCGUAACAGUAAUCCUCUUGGACGUAAUCCCCUGGCAAAUCUGCCUGCAGACCCAAGUCCCGCAGAGAGCAAUUUUCAACCCAAUCCAUCGGACGAUCUCCCACAGUAUGUCUACGCCUUGGCCUAUCAUGUCAUCAUAUUCUGGUUUUUGGCCUUAAAGCUCCCGGACCGUGCCGGACAGGUCAGCUGGAUCACCAGAAACCUCGUUUCCACAGAUGCGAACGGUAGAGAGAAGAUCGACGAGCAAGCACAGGUCACCUUAGACUUUAUGCAGCGAGUAGCUUAUGCAGAUGUCGAUGAGUCCGAUGCUGAUCCCUCCUUCACACCAGAGUUACUCGGGGAAAUCCAGAAGAAGAGGUGGAUCAUUGGAAACAGUCUAAUCACUGUUCAACAAGCAACACGAGGAGAUUGGGCUCAGAUAACCAAACGACAACCUUCUGGGACAUCCCGUUACAUUAUUCAGGAGAAGUUCAUUCGACCUCCGCCUCAUCAGGAUCCCGGACUAGCAGAUGUAAUGAAAGAUGGGCGUGUCUCGGACGACAAUGUCAAGUUGCCAAGCCAUCUUCUACUACAAUUGUCAGCUUCGACCCCUUUAGCAAGCGAGGCUAUGCGUCCUAUACCUUUGCCUAACAACGAAGACAUGGAACGGGCUGUGAGAACUUUCAACCGCCUCUUCACCGUGGACGGCCACAAGGUUGGAGUGAUUUACAUCGGGGAAAACCAAACAAACGAGGUGGAAAUCCUGGCGAACAUUCAGGGCAGCAGUGACUACACCGAAUUCCUAUCUCGUCUCGGUACCCUCACCAAGCUCAAGGGGGCAAAAUUCAAUACUCAAGGGCUGGACAAGGAAUCUGACUUGGAUGGGAAGUACACGUUCUGUUGGCGCGAUCGGGUCACGGAAAUUGUUUUCCAUGUUACAACGCAAAUGCCAACUAACCUGGACAACGAUCCUCAGUGUAUCAUGAAGAAGAGACAUAUUGGCAACGACUUUGUCAACAUAAUCUUCAAUAACUCUGGACUUCCCUUCCGAUUUGACACUUUCCCAUCGCAGUUUAACUACGUCAAUAUUGUCAUCACUCCAGAAUCUCGGGCAUCGUUUGUUGCGACUCGCUUUAGAUCCAAGAUGCAUGCAGACGAUGCGUUUUAUCGGGUGCAGGUCAUGAGCAAACCGGGUUUUCCAGAAGUAUCACCUGCGGCUGAGAUGAAGAUUAUGAGUUUGGCAGCCCUGCCGGGCUUUAUCCGGUUGCUAGCUCUCAACGCAUCGGUAUUCUCAUUAGUGUGGGCUAACAGGGAAGGCGGGGAGAAUGUAUCAUCAUGGCGAAGUCGAUUGCAGGCUAUCAAUCGAAUCCGAGAGAGAUACGCCGUGAAGAACGCAGGGGUGAUGGCCACAUCGCCUCCGGGAACUUCAAAUGGUGUGAAUUUACGGGAGAGUAUUAGCAGUCUUCGACGGUCAUCGGUUGCAAAUUUCUUGGCACACGCACCAGAGCCGAUUUCUCAACGAUCAUCGUUGCUGUCGACAGCUGAGACAGAAGUCGGUCCCACGACUGGCGAAGAGAGCCUUGUAGAGUCUCUUGAUUUUUCGAGGUGGGCAUAA